UAAGUGGAAAUUUUUUCAACGACUGGCGUGGAAAGCAGACGACAAGAAGACAAGAUGGAGGGUUCUACUCCCGAGCGCAAGAUGGAUAGCUGGUAUUCUUGGGUCGUCUGUGCAGCAUUAUUUUUCAUAGAAUUUAUAGUUAUGGGUCUCUACACGUCGUUUGGUACCUUGUUCGUAGCACUGAUCGAAGAGUUCAACGCUUCUGAAAGUUCAGCAGCUUGGGUCGGAUCUGUCGCCUUCUCCAUUUGCUACCUGAGUUCGUUCCUUGUCAACAUGCUACUGCCUCGCCUUGGCUACCGUGCAGUGUGCUGCAUUGGAGCUGUCUUGUUUGGCACUGGGCUUCUAGUUUCAUCAUUUGCCACCUCUAUUUCAGUUCUAUUCGUGACAUAUGGAAUAGUCUAUGGCGUUGGUUGUGGAUUGAUUCACUUUACGGGGAUCUUCGUUAUACCCAUGUUUUUUAAAUACAAGCGUGGAAUCGCCUAUGGUAUAGCUCUCAGUGGACAUGGUAUUGGCGCCCUUCCUGUCGGUUACAUGAUUGAUCUACUUAUUUCAAACUUCGGGCUAAGAAUUACACUGCGCAUGUGUUCCAUAUUGGCUGUUCCUCUUUUUAUAUGUGGUCUUACUUUUGGCUCUACACGGGUAAAGAAGAAGUGCAAAUGUGAUAGUAAAUCAAAAUUAGAGAAAUUCGAUACAAAGUCUUCAAAAAAGAUAUGGAAAAACAAGGCACUGGUGGCAUUCUCGAUUGCUAUGUGGAUGAACGGAUUCGGUUACUACAUUCCAUCUGUUCAUUUGAUAAACAUGGCCGAGGGCCAAGGUGUGUCUUUGAUGCAAGCAACCUUGCUACCAAGCUCUAUCGCACUUGCACAGUCGGUUGGCAAAAUCGUCUUUGGACAAAUUGCGAUGUGGUACCGCAACAUAAACGUGGUCUAUUGCUGCCAGGCUACACUUUUCAUAUGUGGACUGGUAACGACUUUUUGCCCAUUGCUGACCAGUUUUGGCGGGAUGCUUUCUUAUACGAUUCUCUAUGGUUUUUUCGAUGCAUGUUCCACAGUUUUCACCCUCAAAGUGAUUGAAGAUAUCGUUGGCGAGCACAGCCUUGACAGUGGAUAUUCUUUUGAAAUGGUUGGCAUGGCAAUAUUUAUGCUCAUCGGACCACCAGCUGCGGGAUUCCUGUAUGAAAUAACUGGCUCAUAUGCAAUACCGUUCUUCCUAUCUGGCGGUUUUUCAACAAUAUGUGUCUGCCUCUUGUUCUUAGUGCCAUUUUUGAAAGACAAAGAUACUACUACAAUAGACUAUAGCGAAAAAUUCAAGCGCAAAAUUUCAAUAUUAAGUACAAGCUCGACCAGUUCCUCGUCUUCUGAUGUUUCUAGGUUUUCUGAUGAUUCGGGUAUUAGUUUACAAAUGGAAGCUGAGCGAACAGAAAAUCAGAUAUCAGUACGAAAGCCAUCAGUUACUUCUUCGUUAUCUUCAUCGUCCUGUGAUGGCGCGUCUCUAUCAGAUUAUGAAACUGACGAAGUUUUGGAAGUAACGUAUUCCGAUGAGGAAAAAGAAAGCAUUCAAAUUAGUAUUAAUGAGGAGGAACAUUACAGUUUAAACUAUGAAAAGAUUAAAGAUUCAUGUUGGCUGAUAGGGAUCGCUGAUAAUAAAUUAGAAGAUUUCACUGCUGCAAGAGAAACAGUGGUGUAGCUACUUGGGAAAUUCGGUAUAGAAAUUGUUUAUCGAUGCAAAGAAUGCUUUCCACAAGCUGCUUUCACCAUCUGCAUCCACCAAAAAGUAUUUGACGAACGAUUGGGAUAACCUUCAAAUGGUUAUACUCUCGAGAGGAUAUCAAGACCAUGGCAUGGCAAAUAUUGUUGAAACUGAAAUGUUGAUUGGAUAGCAGCUGGAAAGCUAUUCAAGAAAAAAUUGAUAGAUUUAACGUUAUGUGACGUUAAUGACAUAGUAGUUUAUGUAAUUCCGAGAUAUGGAACAAGAUUUACUAAAAGUUUUUCAAUAACAGAUAGUGAUAAUUUUCAUCUUAUACUUGGUAUUUCUUCAUUUUAUAGACGCCUAUUAUAGUUUAUUUCCUAUGGGGCAAUAAAUAGCUGUCAAAAUAGUGAAUACGAUUUUUUUGUAAAACGGGAAAAAAUUUGAAUUCAUACUAGUAUUUGGUAAGAGCGUUGUGUAGAUCAACUAACAUUAUAAAUAAUUAAACAUUUUACCUGCAGGGGAAGUCUUUAUUCUCAAAAUAUUGAUAAAGUCUUAGUUGUCACAAAAGUCUCUGCGAGCCAAAUUGACUAUCAAAUAUGGGAUCUAGCGAAUUAUUUGUUUGCAAGUUCCUUAUACAUUUAAUGCCUAUAAAGUAGCUGUUUUAGAAUUUAGAAGUGUUACAGGAUGUUAAUUAAUCAAACUCUGCGACUCUACUAAGCAUCCUAUUCUAGAUCAUAGUAAUUUAACUUAUUAAAAUCUUGCCUGCUAUAGUAUCACAAAGGUUUGUUGCUUAUAUUUUUUAGACUUUUCAAAUUUAUUGUUAUUUCACAUUGACCAAAAUAACUAUUCUUCACAAGGGCUUAAGAGAUCAAUUAUUUCAAGAUUAGGUGUAUAUUUUGUUUCAUAGUUCGUUUUUAGAAUAACACUCCAAUUACGCAAAAACUUUGUAUUGCUUUAAAUUAUGUUUAUAGUCAAUUUGUCAAAACGAUGUAUAUAUUUAGAAUUUUAAGAAUUACAAUGCUUGAAAUCUUGUUUCUCCUUGCUUGAUUUUUCGAACAUCGAUAACCAUGUUUUAAGUCAUCAUGGUUUGCAAUACUCUUUAUUGUUUACUGGAAAUCGUAUUACCUAUUGAUAUUUUCUGAUCUUGUUAUCAUGCUACCAAUAAAUUAAAAAAUGGCCUGCAAUCAGGGGCGUAAUUAUUGGGGUGGAGGAUGGGCUGUGCUGUUAUUGGUAAUAUGUCUCUUAAACAUAUAACAUCUUUAGAUCCCAACGGCCUUUGGGUUUUUUUGGCUUUAUGAUAUUUAAAGUUUAAAAUGGUGGUAAACAAGAUCACAGAAUGCUAACUUCUGUAUUUAAAGCAAUGAUUAAAAGACAGAAAUAAAUUACCCUUAUGUGUUGAAAAAUAUGAAACGAAAUAAUUGUAUUCUACAUUGCGAGACUUGACUUUAAAGCGCAAAAACUUAAAAUUAUUUUCGAUUUUUCUCAGUUUACUAAACACGGCUUCUUAAUAUCUAUGAAACUGUUCCUGUCUAUGAAAUAAAAUAAUGCGAAAGAGGCUCGGCCUCUACCUUAAAAAAAUCCACCGUGUACAGGAUUUAUUUGUCAAACAAACUAUCCUGUUGUAAGUUAUUCCUUCAUCAGUAAAUUUAGGCUGCCGUCUGUUUGAUGCUAUUUGAGUAUACGCAUAAUUCUAUUCAUCAU